UACACCAUGAAUUGGCUAUGUGUUACAAAGGUAAAAGAAAAUCCUGGAAAAGGAACACAGGACACAUAGUAAAGCAGAGUUUGAUGUUAAAGAGUCUGAUGAAAUACAGAAAUACUUGCAUAAGUGCAUCGAUCAUCUGGAAAUGGCAAUUUCCCUAAAGCCGUCUUUUGCUAUUGCCAUGGCAGAUUUAGCACUGCAUUACGGACAACUAGGUCGCUUCGAAGCUGAGAGACUUUUUGAAGAAGCAUUUAAAAUGGCUAAAAAUAAAAAGCGAGAUCUGCAGGAAGUUCAUUGUUUAUUUGGCCAAUACCAGCUCUACUACAAAACAUCUGAACAACUGGCAGUCCAUCAUUUCAUGCAAGGUCUGAGCCUGCAACCGAAAUCAGAGGAAGGCAAGAAGUGUGAGAACAAACUGAAAAAGGUGAUGGAACAUCGUAUUAAUAGGCUGGAAAAUCAGGAUGACGGCAUGGUGUGUGGCAUACGGGGAUUCAUUCAUGAAGUGAAAGGUGAAAAAAAACUCAAGGCUGAAGAGUGUUAUGAGAGAGCCAUAACAAAUGGGCUUGAUUUCGGUAAAAGCCCUCUUCUCACAGAGAUAAGAAUUUGGCUCAUGAGUUUCAGUGAAACAGAAAAAUCUGUUCUAAACCUGGUUUUUGAUGACCGUUAUGAUGAAGUGGCAGUGGGGAGGCUUAAGACAUUCAAAGGUGCCAUGAACGAGGAGACUGUGCACUUGGUUGAUAUUGAUAUCUGCAAUGCCAAGAGGAUUCUUAGAUGGGAAAAAACGACUCUUGGGCCCCAUGUCAUUCUACUUGCAUUUUCUCUGCAUAAUGACAGAUUCACAGACCAGACCAAAGAGAUUCUAGAAAGUUUAGAGUUUCUUGGAGAGAAAUUCUGGACUCAUGUCAUUGUAGUAUUAGAGGGAGACUUUAGUAUAAAUUUAUAUACUGGAGAUCAGAGAAGCAUAUUGGAGUGGCUUCUUGAAAAAAUGUGGACACCAAUCCUAAUUUUUGGCUCUGCACCAGAAACUACAGAGAGGAGAGAGCUUUCAGAUAUGAUACAGAAGAUAAGGAGAAAGAAUAAUUCAAUGCAUCUAGUCUUACCAGAUAUUUCUAAUGGAGAUUCUCAUUCCCCUUUAGACAUUUUAAGGAAGCUAGACAUGAACGAUUGUUUGUUCACUCCCAAGGUCAUCGUUCAGGAAGGGCAAAGUAAAUACAGAUUACAGUGCGAACAUGCAGGCUGGUUCCAUUGUAAGUUUACACAGAUUGGUUUUAACAUGGAGGGGGAAGGAGAGGUGCUGUACAGCACUGUUCUUCAGGACAGCGAUUGUCCAGUUCCUGCCAAUUAUUACCAAGCAGGACCCAUGUAUGAUAUCAAGUGUGUUCAGGGUGAGCUGUCUCAGCUCAGACUACCUCAUUGUGAGACCUCCAUUGAGGAUGCCUGCCACUUCAUGUCAGUUAUACAUUACUCUAGUCAGACUGCUGAAAUUUUGAAACCUCAGAAUAUCACAAGCACACACGUAAUGGUGAGCAUCCCAGGAACAUCAACAUUUUUUAUUUCCAAAGUAGUAAACUGGUUUACGAAUCAUUGGUCUAAGACACAUGGCCAGGUGAUGCUAUUCUAUCUACAGCGAACACAUAGGCUGCAUGUGUUCCUACAACCUCGCAGUGUGGAUCCCAGAGAAGUGGAAAACUGUAAUAAAGAUUACAGAUUAAUCCAAACAGCUUGUGAAUGCAUGCUCAAAUAUGAGCGUGUGUACAGCAUGUCCUGUGAUCCUGUUGAGGAACAUGGACUUUCAGUGAGGCCAGUAUCAAAGAUACAACCAAACGGACACAAAACUUAA